GGAGGAGCAGAGAUAAAGCUGAAGGUAAUGACGGGAAUCAAGCUCUUGGGAGGAUUCAGCUGCACGAGACAAGCUGGUUUCUGUGUGUCGCUGCAGGAGAGAGAGGUUAAAAAGCUUCUGCAGACAAGAUUUGUGUUCCAGCCAUUGCUGCUGCAGCCUGGGGACCUGGAUACCGUCACCUUCUCUGUCCACAUGGACUUCCUGCCUGUCAUAACGGAAGCUGCCGUCUAAAUGCCAACUAAUCAUCUUAUCCAGAGAGAAUCCAACUAUAAGCCAGCGUUGGCAAAAUUUUUUCCUGAGGAUGAUCUGAAUCAUUAAAUGAGAUGAGAGGAACCCCUGGUUGAUGGUUCCACUAUGGGCUUGUUGUUAAAGUGAGGUGUAUCCCACAAAGUUCUCAUUAAGGAGUUGUGGUGGCUUUCUGGAUUAAAAAUAUAAACAGAAAGAACCAGAAACAGUUUGUUCUACUUUGGGAAUAUGUCCUGCCCAUCUCUCUCGUAUACACCCUGCUUGCCCCCCCAGUCGGUCUUUAUUGCUGGACUGCUGCUUCUCAGCCACUGGGGGCCCAUAGAGGUUACCUGCCAGAAUGACACAGAGCCGAUUGUAUUGGAGGGAAAGUGUCUGGUUGUCUGCGAUUCCACCCCAUCAGCAGAGCCAUCGGGUAACGCUCUGGGUAUGUCAGUGAGGUCAGGAACCGGUCGGGUGGCGUUUUCAGCCAUCAGAAACACCAACCAUGAACCAUCAGAGAUGAGCAAUCGCACCAUGACCAUCUACUUUGACCAGGUCUUAGUGAAUGUUGGAGGCCACUUUGACCCAGCGAGGAGCAUCUUUGUGGCGCCCAGAAAAGGAGUCUACAGCUUCAGCUUUCAUGUGGUGAAAGUUUACAACCGGCAGACCAUACAAGUGAGUUUGGUUCUCAAUGGCUGGGCAGUGAUCUCGGCUUUUGCGGGCGACCAGGAUGUGACCAGGGAAGCAGCCACCAAUGCCGGGCUGGUGAUGAUGGAGCGAGGAGACAAGGCUUAUCUCAAACUGGAACGGGGGAACCUGAUGGGAGGGUGGAAGUACUCCACAUUCUCUGGGUUUCUGGUGUUCCCCUUGUAGACUUGAAUGAGGUACAAUGAGGAGGAAUCGAGUUAUAUGAAGGGUUUGAAUAAAGAUUGUUAAAUUAUUUGAAGACCUUGACAUAAAUGAGAUCCACACCACACUGCAUUUCACUUGAUUCAGAAGAACUUUGCACUAAAUGCUACUGAGUAUUAUUUCCAUUACACUUGGCUCAUUAUCUAUUGAAGUGAUGUAGACUGUAACGUGUCCUCUGUGCUUGCUAACAUUAGGUGUUUACUGCAUGACAAAAGGCAAUGUAGCAGAUGUUUGUGGUAAUAAAGAAAAUUAUUGUCUGGUG